UUAAAAUAAAUAUAUUUAUUUCAAUAAAAAAAAUCACAUUGUUUUAUCGAUCAAACUCAUCUGCCAUAUUGUAGGCGGUUUCUUGAACAACAUUUCAAUUAUAAUUUGCACACAUUGAUAAAUUCUAAAAUCCAUCAUGCCAAAAGCGAUCAAUGUGAGGGUUAUGACUAUGGAUGCUGAGUUGGAGUUUGCCAUCCAACCUAACACCACAGGGAAGCAACUGUUUGAUCAAGUUGUCAAGACUAUAGGACUGAGGGAGAUUUGGUUUUUUGGUUUGCAAUACGUCGAUACCAAAGGCUUUACCACGUGGCUCAAACUCAACAAAAAAGUAUUAACACAAGAUAUGAAAAAAGAGAUUCCAUUACAGUUCAAAUUCAGGGCUAAAUUUUUCCCCGAGGAUGUUUCCGAGGAGCUAAUACAAGAGAUCACCAAAAGAAUGUUUUACCUGCAAGUCAAGGACGCCAUUCUCAGCGACGAAAUAUAUUGCCCUCCCGAAACAUCGGUCCUUUUAGCCUCUUACGCGGUCCAUAUCAAAUACGGCGAUUAUAACUCAGACGUGCACAAACCCGGCUUUCUCUCCAACGAUAGACUGUUGCCACAAAGAGUUUUCGAUCAACACAAACUAAGCAGGGAACAAUGGGAGGAAAGGAUCAUCAAUUGGUAUGCCGAGCACCGGGGCAUGUUGAGAGAGGACGCCAUGAUGGAAUACCUCAAAAUAGCUCAAGAUUUGGAGAUGUAUGGUGUCAAUUAUUUCGAGAUCAAAAACAAAAAAGGCACCGACCUAUACCUUGGUGUAGAUGCUUUAGGCUUGAAUAUAUACGAGAAAGAUGAUAGGUUAAAUCCAAAAAUCGGUUUUCCUUGGAGUGAAAUCAGAAACAUAUCAUUCAGCGAUAGACGUUUCGUAAUCAAACCCAUUGACAAAAAGGCUCCCGAUUUCAUCUUUUUCGCUCCCCGCCUAAGAAUCAACAAGCGUAUUCUGGCGCUUUGCAUGGGUAACCACGAAUUGUACAUGAGGAGGAGAAAACCGGACACCAUAGAGGUUCAGCAGAUGAAGGCCCAGGCUAAGGAAGAAAAGGUGGCCAAGGAACAGGAUAGGGCCCGUCUUCAGAAAGAAAAACAGGCCAGAGAAGAGGCCGAACGGAUAAGAGGAGAAUUAGAAAAGAGACUGAUGAAGAUGGAAGAAGAAUUUAAACGGCUACAAGAAUGUCUUAAAGAAUCGCAAGAAAAGACGGAAAAACUAGAAGAACAGUUCGAGGAUGCCGAGAAAAGGUCCAGGCAACUCGAGGAAGACAGACGUAAGCUGGAAGAAAAGAAAAUGCUAGCCGAACAGUCGGCCCACUUGGAAAAGGAGGAGAGAGAGCGAUUGACAGCAGAAGCUGAGGAAGCCCUGCGAGGCAUCCGCGAGAAGGAAGCGGAAAUGGCCCGGGUUGAAGAAGAUCGAAGGCGCUUACGUGAAGAACUGGCUCAAUCUAAGCGAUCCCAAGAGGAAGCACAACACGCCCUCUUGCGAGCCCAUUUACAACCACCUCCCGAAUCCCACAUGAAUAACGAAGGAGGGUCUCUUAAAGACGAAGAUGAGGACGACUACGAAGAUGAUGGGAAGUAUCAUAAUGGGAACGGGAUGGCCAAUGGUCGGGCGAUGGGGGGAGAUCUAAAUUACAACGAAAACAUGAUGAAUAACGACGAAUACAGACAAGAAGAGUUCCGCGUCACACAGUUAGAAAAAAACGAAAAAAUCCAAUCUCAAUUAAAAUCACUAGGUGCCGACCUAGCCGUUUCAAAAGACGAAGAAAAAAUAACCAAAAACGAUAUGAUCCACACGGAAAAUGUCAAACAAGGCAGGGACAAAUACAAAACUCUUAGACAGAUCAGACAGGGAAACACCAAGAUGAGAGUCGAUAUGUUCGAAUCUAUGUAGAGCCCACCCUUCAGAAUUGCUGCCUCCAAAUUUUUUUAUAUAUAAAAUUCACUACCAGAUACAUCUUUUUCUUUACAAAUGAGAUAUUUCUUUGAGGGUACUAAAUUAACACUAUUCCAUUUUACAAAAAGUUUUUUUUUAUUCAAACCGCGGAAUAUCAAUUUUUUAUUAUAAUACCAUUUUCUCUCCUCAUACUUUACCUGUUAUUUUAAAUAUUUAAUUCUAAUAUUUAAUAUUCCUACUCUAAAUCUCGCUCAUUUAAUAAUAUGAAGAAUAGAUUUAUUAUUAUUAUUAUAUAGAUUUUUUAAAUUUUUUUUUUUUAUGUUGCGUUAAACCAAACACAUUGUGCCUAAAAUAAUUUAGAAAUUAUUGUUUUAAAACAAGUGCUUUGCCAGAGAUAAAUAUUUUCCACAAAAUGGGUUCUUUAACCGUAAACAAUUUUUAAGAAACAUAGUUUUGUUAUGGGGGCUGCUCAUUUGACCGAUAUGAAAACUGCGAUAAUUUCUACCAAUAUCAAAAUUGAUCAUUUUUUUUAUAUAAAAAUCAAAGUAAAAUUGAAGUAUUGCAAACCUUUUGACCAUAUUUAAGGAGACAUUACAUUUUGUGUUCAUUUCUCAACAAUUCAUACUUAAAUUACCUUUAUAAAAAAAUGUUUUUUUAUAAAAAAAAAAAUUAUAUUUAUAAAAUAAAAAUUAAAUAUUUUGUAAUUUUUUUUGCUAGAUUUAAUUAUUGUAAAUAUAUAAAUUAUGUAUUAUUAUAUAUAUAUAUAAAUUAUCCAUCCAAUUUAAAAUUUUCUUGCCUACAACCAACAAUUUUUAUAUUGAAAUUAAUUAAAAAAGGUAAUUUUUUUUAUCUUUUCUUACACAACGUUAGUUUAAAUUUAAGAUUAUUUAUAAAAGUUAUUUUGAAAUAAUUUUUUAAAAGAAUAGUUAGCCAAGUGCGGUAAUUCAUUCAUGAGAGACCCAAUAAUUCCAUAUUUAUUUUUCAAACUUAUUUUUCGUUUUUAAUUAUAUUCCGACAUUUAAUCAUUCACAUUCAUCAUAUCAACUAUUACUUCUUAUGUUUUUUCAAAUUAUACAUUUUUUUUUUAUCAUUCUCUCUUUUAUAAAUACGAUAAGAAGAUUUAAAUAAAUAGUAAGAUUGUUUUUUUCAUAAUAUAUUAUGUAGAACAGAAUUCAUAAAAUGAAAAUUUCAUCA